CUCCCGGGGCGGGCCGAGCGUGAGGCGGGGCCGCGCCGCCUCAGAGCCGCGGCCAUGGCGGGCUUCGUGCGGGAGCUGGAGCGGCGGGCCGGGCCGGCGCUGCGGCUGGAGCAGCGGGCUGCUGGCGGUGUGGGCUGUGUGGUGUGGGACGCCGCGCUGGUGCUCGCCAAGUUCCUGGAGACCGGCGCCUGCCCCCUGGCCCGCCGCCACGUCCUGGAGCUGGGCGCGGGCACCGGCGCCGUCGGCAUCAUGGCAGCCACGCUGGGGGCGAACGUGACGGUCACAGACCUGGAGGAGCUGCAGGAGCUGUUGAUGGUUAAUAUUGAGAAUAACAAGCACCUGGUCACAGGGUCAGUCCGAGCCAAGGUACUGAAAUGGGGUGAAGAUGUAGCAGAAUUUCAGCCUCCCCCCGAUUACAUACUCAUGGCUGAUUGCAUUUACUAUGAGGAGUCCUUGGAGCCGUUGCUGAAGACCCUGAAGGACCUGACAGGCCCUGACACUCGUGUCCUGUGCUGCUAUGAACAGAGGACUAUGGGGAAGAACCCUGAAAUUGAGAGAAAAUACUUUGAACUGCUUCAGAGGGACUUCGAGCUGGAAACAAUUCCCCUGGACAGGCACGACGAGGAGUAUCGGAGCGCAGACAUCCACAUCGUGAGCAUCCACAGGAAGAGGGCGGUAGGUCCAGAGUCCCAGCAGCUCUGGGGUGUUGGGAAGGAACCUUAGAGCUCAUCUCAUUCCAUCCCUGCCAUGGGAACCCUUCCACUGGAACGGUUCAUGGCACCAGCACAGCAGCUGCUGCCAGGAGUUCCCAGAGCUGCUGCUUCCUUGGCACAGCGUUCCCGAGGUGGAGCUGCACACUGACUGUGAGAUUAGGGAACCGCAGCCCGGAUCCCUGCUGGGCAAAGGAGCUGCUUUGUUCCCAAAUGUGGUGCUCCAGGUGCCAGCUCUCCUCUUCAGCACUGCCUUUGAGCUUCACACUUCUGCUUCCGUGCGCUCCUGGGGUGGGACCUCCAAACUGGAGUUUGGAGGCACCAAAGUAAUAAAAAUACAAUGCCCGGUGCUGCUUUUGGCACCGUGGGCUCUGCUGUGCCACCCUCUCCCCCAAACCAUGCUCUAGAUCUGAUACUCAGCAGCUGCCAGGAUUGCUUUGAUCAUUUUGGGGUUAAUAGAUGAAGCGUGAAGAAAAUAUUUUGCAUAUUGUGCUGACACAACGUGCAGGCUCAGCUCUUGAGCAAAACCAGGCCAGUUAAAAAUCUGUCAUCUUUGUGAAAAUCUCUCGACAGAAUUUCCCAUCGUGAGGUCUUUGAGCACGGGAUCUGUCCCCUGGCAGAGCUCUGGAGAAGAGGGGACGGGAUAACCCCACAGAGGGACUGUCUGCGCUGUGGUUGGGACUCAUCUACACCCAACAGCUUCUAGCUGCACUCGGCAGAGGUGUCUGAGAGCGCCUUCCGGCAGGACGGCUGUGGGCUGGCCGUGCCCGCGGCCCGGGGAGGCGGGGAUGGAGCCGGGGAUGGAGCCGGGGGCGUGCCGGUGCCUCUGCGGGGCGGGAGCGGCGCUGCCGAGCGCUCACCCGGGCGAUCCCAGCGCGCCGCGCUGAAACCUCCGAGAGGGGAAAACUGGAAGCGGCUCAGCCGGCCGGUCAAUAAAGCUUUGGUACAGGACAUCUGCCGGGUUUCAGAUGAUGGGUUGUUCAUUCAAACUGUGAUUCCUGUGUCAUUCCCUCUUUGGAGGCUCAUUCCAGGAGCUGGGGCUGUCAUGGUGAUGAUGGUUCCUGCACGGAUAAAACGCGCCUGUGCAAAAUCAUUCUGC